UCGGGUACAUCAUUUAUCGUUUGUAAGUCAUGCCAACUGCCGUUUUAAUGGACGAAAAAAUUCAAAAAGAGGAAGACAACUAUCCAAGGAUUACGAAGAAGGUCUUAUUUCAACUUUGUAAAGAUCAUAAAUUGUACAGAACACCGUAUCUAAAUGAUGUGCUUUACCUUCAUUAUAAAGGCUUUGCCAAGAUAGAAAACCUUGAAGAAUACACAGGAUUGAAAUGUCUUUGGCUGGAAUGUAAUGGAAUUCACAAGAUUGAAAAUCUGGACAAUCAGAAAGAGCUGCGAUGCCUGUAUCUACAGCAAAACCUUCUGUCAAAGAUGGAAAAUUUGGAGCAUCUACAACAGUUGGACACUCUUAAUGUCAGCAAUAACACCAUUUACAAAAUUGAAAAUAUAAGUGCCAUUCCCAAAUUGAGCACACUACAGAUAUCACACAACCGUUUAUCAACAGCGGAUGACCUGACACAUUUAGCAGAAUGUCAUAAUCUGAGUGUCGUGGAUGUGUCACACAACAGAAUAGAUGAUCCAGAUGUCUUAGAAGUCUUUGCCUCCAUGAAAAAUCUUCAUGUUCUUAACAUGAUGGGUAACUCUGUCAUCAAAAAAAUCAAGAAUUACAGGAAAACAUUCAUCAUCAAAAUAAAAGGCCUGAGAUACCUUGACGACCGACCAGUGUUCCCAAGAGAACGAGCCUGUGCAGAAGCAUGGGAGAAGGGAGGAGUGGAGGCUGAAAGAGAAGAAAGAGAGCGGUGGAUUACAAGAGAACAGCAAAAGAUUAUGGACAGUGUGAAUGGUAAGCUUUAUGCAAGCUGA